AUGAUCUCCAAUAUGAGUGCUGCUCGAACGGAGUUCCAGAAUAAAAUGGACGGCAUCAAGCAGUACAUGGAGCUGAGAAGAGUGAGCAAGCAGUUAGAGAUGCGAGUAAUCAAAUGGUUCGACUAUUUAUGGGCGAAUAAGCAGUCGCUGAGCGAUCAACAAGUUCUGAAGGUGCUUCCCGAUAAGUUGCAAGCCGAAAUUGCUAUGCAGGUGCACUUUGAAACACUGCGAAAAGUGCGCAUCUUCCAGGCGCGAGACAUUAUAGACUGUAUACAUGUUCAGGUGUUUUCUCCCGGAGACUAUAUCUGCCGGAAAGGAGACAUCGGUCGAGAGAUGUACAUCGUGAAACGAGGCAAACUGCAAGUAGUAGGCGAUGAUGGGCAAAAGGUUUGUAAACAGAAAGGCAGAAAGAACAUCAAGAGCAGAGAGUCAAGCACGAAAAAAAUAAGUGAAAGAUUCUAA